AUGGGUGGACCUCCGUCUAAAAUCCACAGAGGCGGGUACGUUGGCACGGCUACACUGACACAGCAGGAGCGUGGGGAAGGUUACAUGGAGCAUGUGAGCGCCAACAGCGGCUGUAUCCUUCUCUUUGUGUCUCGCGACCAACUGCGAGCUAUGGAGGCGAUUUUCCCACCAUUAAAGACUGAACUUCUCACUGUUGAUCGGAGGCUGAUGAGCAGCGAACUCGCGAGUAUGCACGUGCAAACCGACAGAGAGGAAUAUAACCAAGUCAGGAGCAUGCUCCACAGGGUGCAGUUGGCCCUAGCAAGCGUAUUCACUAUUGUGUACGAUCCAGAUUCACUGUUUACUUUGGCGUGGGAAACGUGGCUGUUCAUGGUGAUGACGACGCAGUGGGUGGUAGUGAUGUUCCAGGCGUUCUUCCCUCUGGAGGAAAGACAUAAUAAGGUGGACUCACUCAUGGUCUUCUUAGAGUGUUCGUUUCUCCUGGACGUUUUCAUUCGCUCACGACUUGGGUUUUACGAGUACGGGAAUAAAGUCAUGGAUAUCCACCGCAUCAAGCACCAGUACUUCCGAUCGGGGGCUUUCGCUUUGGAUAUCAUCGCGCUAUUGCCGCUUUAUGCUGUGAAUUGGGGCAUAGAGUCGUACCAGCGAUGGGACCUCCUGAACCUGCAUCUGUUCAAACUGCUCUGCUACACGUUCAUGCUCUCGCACAUUCUGGGCUGCAUCUGGUUCAACUUUGCGUCGGGAGUAGCCACCCCCAAAUUCAGCGACAGCUCAGCCCCGACCGCCACCCAGACGGCAUUCGGUGAGAACCUGUGGCUGCCAUCCAAGAAGCUGGAGAAUGGGUCGCUCAUGCUCCAGUACAUGGCGUCUCUCUAUUGGUCGUUCGGUCUCAUGUCGUCUUCAGGCGAGUCCGAGUACCCACAGACCACGGCCCAAUGCAUUUUCAGCGUUGUGACCAUGACCGCGGGCGUUUUCCUGUUUGCGUACGUGCUUGGUAAUUUUACCGACAUUAUCGAGCUCACAAGCUCCGAGAGCAGAGAAUUCGAUGUCAAAAUGGGGGCAGCACGACAAAUGCUAGACCAUUUCAAGAUCCCGACUAUCCUCCAGGAGCGGCAGCAUCUGCUCGGAGAGUGUUCGCCACCGUCCUUGCUGACGGAUAUCCGCCUUGUAUACCUAAAGCCCAUGAUCGAGAAAGUGGAUUUCCUCGCGGGGAUGGAGAUACCCAUCACGCGAAUGCUGGUGUCCCAGUUCACGCAGGUGCUGGUUUUUCGUGGCGAGUUAGUUUUCAGGUUCGGGGACUGCGGCAGCGACAUGUUCUUCGUAUUCACGGGCAUCCUCGACGUUCUGCUGCCCAUGCAGCUAGCCAAACGUUCCAGACCCACGUUCAGAGCUGUAGCAGACACUGUAGCAAGCAAGGAGAACGCGUCCUUCCAGGCUGGACCGACACCGGAGGAUAUCGAUGACAGCUUGCAGCAGAUCAGUAUUCCAGGCCAACUGAAGAAGAUGAACGAGAUAUCCGCUGGCAGAUAUUUUGGUGAGAACGGAUUAUUCACGAUUGGGGAACGGGACGCCUACAUCCAGGCUCGGACGUCGUGCAUCCUGUACAGACUGUCGCGCGAAUCGCUGGAGCUAGUAUUCGAGCGGUACCCCAAGUGGAAGGAGAAGGUCAUUCAAAUCGCGAAUAUUCACCGUGAGCAGGCGCGACUGGAGCAGCUUUCGCGCGAUGAGCAACGCCGUGGGAUGCUGAUAUGUGGUGGGCGAGCUUUGUCACGUUCGGACAUUGUGAAUGAGCGAGCCGAGGGGUCGAAAGGAGCGCGAUAUCACACCCGUUUGCAGCGUAGCAGCACUGGGAGCAGCAGUCGGAUCCUCCCAGUUCCGACGUCGGUGGGUUUGGUAGACCAGCAGGUUCAGAAGCCUCUUCUUCGGUUGGUCGAUGGGUUUCUUCACGGGGUUCCAGUGCAGAGCAAGUUUCCCCACUUUUGGCUGCGGUUCAUCAUUUGCUGCACCAUGUUUGUCGCCGUUAUGACCCCCUACCAGCUCACGAUGGACGCUAUGGAUCGCACAGCGGUCGUCCCCGUUCUCGUAAUUAUCAUAGGGAUCCUUUGCGAAGUCGCUAUCGUCGUGGAUCUUUGGUUUAGCUGGCACGUGCGUGAGUCCCAGGCGUCCAUGGAACUGUAUGACCAAAAGCUGCGUAGCGUGUACAGGAAGGAGCGGAUGCUGUGGGAUAUCCUCGCCGCCAUUCCGUUCUACGAUGUGCUGGCAGUACUGGGCUGCAGAGCGUGGUUCAAAUUGCUACGUUGCAUCAAGAUUUUCAACCUCGGCAGCUACUUCAACGAGCUAAACCGACUGUCGAUGGACGCAGGCUUCGGAGCAGAGUGGGAAGGGUGGCUUCCGUCCCAGGAUCUGGUUGUCUCGGACCCUCAGAAUCCGUCCUCCUCUCAGCUCGCGCUUCGUCUAUUGCGGGGACUUUUCUUCGCGAUGGUGACUUUCGUCAAGAAAGCUUACUGCCCCGAGCCUGAGACUGCAACGCUCUACGCGUUCCACAUUGGAAUGUCUUUCGUGGGUCUCAUCACUAUGUCAUACGUCAUUGGUGAACUCGCGAGUCUUUUCAUUUCCUAUAUCGGACUGGAAGUGGGGUUCCGCAAGAAUUACAUCGCCGUGGACCUUUACAUGGCACGCCUUCGUCUCAGUGAUCGUCUGAAGACUCGGACGUACGCGUUUAUGACGUCUCUCUGGUCGUCGCAUGCUGGUGUGAACUACGAAGAACUUCUGGCGGAAAUGCCUAAAGCUAUCCGUACGUCGUACGUGCUUCAAGUGUCCACAAAGCUCCUUUCGUGGUUCAUCAUGAAGGUCAUCGCCCCUGUUUGCUGGGACGAAAGCCAGAGGAUGGACGAGUUCACGCGCGCUCUUGCUGAACGCUUGCGCUUCGAGUGCUACCCACGCGAUGAGAGUGUUGUCACGGAAGGAAGUAUCGUGCGAGCCAUGUAUUUCGUGAUCAAAGGCCACUUGAGCAUGCACAGCCGCUCUCUCCUGGAUCGACCGGUUGGGCUCCGUAGUGGCAGCUACUUCGGAGAGCGUGGUUUGCUGGGGUGCACCAUCAGCGCUUAUACUGUACGGACCGUACGGGCCUGUGAUCUGCUUUCUCUGAGCUCCGAGGCGUUUGUUCAAGUGCUGCAGGGGCACCUAUUCACUCGUCUCGCUCUCAAUUUGUGUGAGCGUGCGUACAAACACCUAAAGAAGCAACACAUUGCGUCUUGCUCGAGAACUGACAUGGAAGAGCACUGGGGAGCAGCUCUACUGGGAGCCGUCCAAGCGAUCCAGACCCAGAGACAACCAGCUGCGCAAGCGAACCUCCCUGUUGCCAAGGAAGUCGCUGGGAAGGAAGCGGGUGACCCUCCUCCCAACUCGGAUCGGAUUCCUUUAUCGUCCCUACGACGUAAAGUCACACACCAGAACAGCAAGGCUCCGGAGAAGCAAGACCAUCUCCUGCGCAGCGGCCACAAAGAUGUACCGAACGUUGGUGAAGCUAAGGGCGUCCACAUUGCGGACAAGGAGAGCGAUGAGCUUCCUGCCAACAUUGAUUUGAUGUUCAAAGCUCUGAAGACGCCCCACAGCUGCUUCGAGGCGUUUGCCCCCCUGCUUCACAUCAUGCUGGCGACCGACCCGCUGGAGUGGCAUGUGAGUUUCAAUACCCUCAACAGUACCGCCCUGCCGAAUGCAAUUGAGUCGGUAGACAAUUCCGGGUGCCGGCGGCGCAACUCGCCCCCAGCAGCCGAACAUACAAUUGCGUCACCACUCAUCAGCCGCAAUGAAGAAAUUGAGCAAUAA